GUUGUUGCCUAUAGGGUUGGAUAGCAUCCAACAAAUAAGCGGUAUUACGUCCCGAGUAUAAGAUUAAAACGUGCGGUGUGGUCGGUUCUCAGUUUACGUCCUCUCAAUAUACACUUCAGAUUUUGCUAGCAUACAUACACGAUACACGAUGCCCGUCUCCAUAGAACAGGCCUUAGCUUGGGAGAGAAUGGACUGCCUCCCUGACGAAUACGCAAAGGUCUUCGCAGAAGAACGCACGAAAGACUGGGCGACGCGUCUGAAAGAGUAUUGGGUGAGACAGGCCAAUAGAUCCACAGAAAAGGGGCAGAUACAGCAUGUCCAUGGGGAUACUCUGGAGCAUUUCCGCCUCGCGCGUAGAGACACCCAACCCGAGUUCCACGGCUUCAUGCAUCUACCUCGUGAGAUUCGUGCUAUGGUCUAUGAGUAUCACCUACUAAAAGGGACAAUAUUCAUGCCGAAUACGGCAGGUAUACGCUACGGAGUAACCUAUAAUAUCAAGCAUACUCGUGAUUAUCAUGGACGGGUGUACCCGCGGUAUAAGGGCCUUCCGAGUAAUUGGGGGGUCAAGUAUUGGCGAAGCAUUGGCUUAAUUUGCGGCGUAAGCCACGCAAUUCAGGCGGAAACGAUGCCAAUGUUUUAUGGGCGCAACCGUUUCGUCUUCCCGUCCGGUGAUAUCAACUUCCCCAUGCUCCGCCGCACCGAUGAGAGCCUUCCACUUUCCUACUGGGUCUCUAAUAAAAUGCGCGACAUAAGUCACACUUUCGACAUGCGGGACGAUACUUGGACCAACUUCGAACGCAGCCAUGUGGUGCGUUCCCAGCUAUACGAAGAGGAAGGCGUAGAUGCGGAAUUCGACUCGAAAACAUAUAUGCGGCAGUUUCACGACUCCGCAGUGAAUGAGUUGCUCUCUUCGUGGGACGAACGUAUGAUGGAUGUGCAAUAUAUGAAUUUGAAUCGGCUCCAGAUAAGCCUCGAAGAAUGUUAUUGCAGCUUGGGGUGCUGUAGACUGGUUAACGCCGUUUUAGACAGACUGGUGGAUGCCGUUAACGCAAAGCCGAGGAAUAUUUGGCCAAAGGUCAUUGAAGUUUGUGGAUGGAACGACGAAGCAGAAAAGGGUGUAAUCAAAGAGGCGCUAAAGACAUUAUCCAUAGAUGAAGCACCGAUUAAAGUUCGAUUCGUGGGAAAUAACAAAGGGAGGAGGGCUAUGGAGGGGGGUUUUCUAACGCAAUAGAAUUAUUAGCAUUAUAAAAUUAGGCUUUAUACUAUGCAGAUAUACACAUGUGGCGGAAAAGGGGUGUAAUACAUAGAUGGUUAUGAGACGGUACAAUUUAUAGAUAUCUUCUCGUCCGACUAAAGCCAUACUUAGUAUAGCUACUGCCUAUAAGCAA